GAAUUGAGAAACAGAAGGAAAGGCAAAGGAGGUUUGGUUGGUCGACUUUGCUAAGAUAAGAGAGAGACUGUCUUCUCUCCUUCCUUCCUCAUUCUUCUCUCUCUAAACCUUCUUUGCAACAAAACUCCUCACUUUCUCUCUCUCUCUCUAUAGAAAAAAUUCGAAGCGUUUACUCGAAAAAGACUUUGUCUUUUAGGUUUCUUAAGGAAAAUGGCGAUCGAGGAUCAAGAGAAUACCAUCCGAGAAAUCAAGCCUAAGAACAGAAGAAUCAUGGGAGCUGGUGGACCAGAGGAGGAAGAUAACAGGCAGCCGCCGUGGCUGAAACCUCUGCUUCAGGAGAAAUUCUUUGGUCAUUGCAAGUUUCAUGCAGACUCUCACAAGAGUGAAUGCAACAUGUACUGCUUAGACUGUACCAACGGUCCGCUUUGCUCUCUCUGUCUUGCCCAUCACAAGAAUCAUCACACCAUUCAGAUAAGGAGAUCUUCUUAUCAUGAUGUUAUAAGGGUGAAUGAGAUACAAAAGCAUAUUGAUAUAGCCGGGAUCCAAACUUAUGUGAUCAAUAGUGCUAAAGUCAUCUUCUUGAACGAGAGGCCUCAGCCUAGGCCCGGGAAAGGUGUGACCAAUACCUGCAAGGUUUGCUAUCGUAGCCUCGUUGAUGAUAGCUUCCGCUUCUGCUCUCUUGGCUGCAAGAUUGCUGGAGCAUCUAGAGGAUUUGAAAAGGGAAGGAAGAACCUUGUGAUGGAAUCAGAUGAUUCAAGUUGCAGCAUUGGAAUUGGGAAGAACAUUCAGAGUUUCAGCCCAUCAACACCUCCACUUACUGCAUCUAGUCAUUGCAGAAUCGCCAAGCGAAGAAAGGGAAUCCCUCACCGGUCUCCAAUGGGAUAAAUAAAAAGAUGCAAAAGUGUUAAAAGCCAAAAUACAGAAGCUCAUUUGCCAGUUUCUUCAUCUAUAAGAUUACACACAAAGGUUUAGCUAAGACAAGCUUUUGUCUCUUAUCUUUUUUUAUAUACCGAAGAAUUGGCCUUUUGCUUGUGUUAGGUGAAGAAAAGGCCAUAUAGGUUUUGUCCUACUAAUGGUAAGUCUGUGAAUAUGUAAUGUGCUUUUGUAUAUUUAUGUUAUGCAAAAAGGGUAGAAGGUAAAUAAAUAUAGGGCUUUGAAGGUGGUAAAAGUGGAAAUAAAACAAAAUUAGUUUUGGUUGUAAAUUUGGUUUGGUUAGGUGCCAUACAUGCAUCUGGAAGAACAAAAUAAGUAAUGAGAUUCGCUGCCUUUAUA